AUGUUACCUGGUAUUGGAGUAUUUGGCACAGGUGCCAUAGCUAAAGUUUUAGUACCAUUCCUUAGGGAAAAGGGAUUCGCUGUGGAAGCUAUUUGGGGGAUAACUUUACAAGAAGCUGAAUUUGCUGCCAAGGAACUUAAGAUACCGUUUUUUACAAACAAAAUAGAUGAUGUAUUGCUGAAAAAGAAUGUAAAUUUAGUGUUCAUAGUCUGUGCACCCAAUUUGCAUGCGCAAAUAUCGGUCAAAGCUUUAGGCAUAGGAAAACAUGUCGUCUGUGAUAAACCAGCCGGCCUUUGUCAGGCAGAAGCCUUGAAAAUGGUUCGAGCUGCACAAUACUACCCCACAUUAAUAUCCAUUGUUAACCACUCUCUAAGGUUUUUGCCUGCCUUCAGCCAUAUGAAAAAAUGCAUUCAAGAAGGGUAUUUGGGAAAUCCUGAUGAGCUUACACUUAUCGAUGUUAGAGUUCAAAUGGGACCAUUGGUAGGAGAUACAUAUAACUGGUUGUGUGAUGACACAAUGGGUGGAGGAACACUCACAUUGGUUGGAAGUCAUGUUAUAGAUUUAGUCAGUUUUCUCACUGGACAAAAAGUGGACAAGGUCCAUGGAGUGCUACGAACAUUUGUUGAAGAAACGCCAAAAGUGAACGGUAUUAGAAAGAUCACAGCACCUGAUUUCUGCACAUUCCAGUUGCAAAUGGAAAAGGGUUUAUUAGUAACUGCUACUCUAAAUAACCAUUUGCCUGGACCCUGUUUUAAUCAAGAAAUCUAUGUUUGCAGCAAGAGAGGCUACUUAGUGGUCAGAGGUGGUGAUUUGCAUGGUAAAUUGCAUAAAACUUCUACCAACAUAAUUCCAGAAGAAGAUUGUAAAAGAUUACAGGAUAAGGAAGAUGUUAUCUAUGUGGACAUUGAGGAUUUAAGCUGUGCUUCUAGUGUUGUCCCUAAACCGUACAUAAAAGGUUUGUGUAAAAUGAUAAGUGCUUUAAAGGAAGCAUUCUUACCUGUAAAAGAGCAAAUGGAUUGGGUCAAGGAACCGGUUAAGGCUGCUGCUACCUUUGAAGAUGGGCAGAGAGUACAAGCCACUAUGGAAGCCCUACGCCAAUCAAAUGAAGAUGGAAGAUGGAUGUCUGUUCAUCUUCUAACUGAGCCACCAGAUCCUAACCCAGCCCUAUCAGCUGCAGUGAGAAGGACUGCCAUAUCUUUACAAUAG